AUAUUGAGAAGUCUUUCAUUUGUCAAAAAAUGAAGUUGACAGUAAUGUAAAGCUUUGUUAAUCUUAACACUCAAGCAUUUUUCACCACCUGUUCCUUGCAACCUUGCUCACUCUUCUACCACUGAUAAAAAUUCUGCAUUCAUUUUAGAACAGCUAUUUUCUUUGAUAUUUCAUUGUUCUCACUUGUCAACUUCUAAUUGACAUAGGCUUCUCACAACCACAGUAACAAGAAAUGGCAGACUUCAUCCCCUCAACCACACUGCAACCAUUCCAGUCUCACAGAAAAAGGCUGUACAGAGGAUGUACACAUGUAUGGCAAUGCUCUAUUGUGUAUAUAUCGGGACAGAUACACAAGACAUAUAAACUUUAGUAUACAUGUACAUGUAAAAUUACAGACUGGCCAAAAACAAUACAACUUAAGUAUUACAGGCAACAAAGACCUGUCUUUCCAGGGUUCACAGUUCAGAGGUCAGCUUUGAAAGUGUUUGAGACACUAUGACUCACUAACUCAUGACACAGAGAAGUAAAACCAGUUUUUGACACGCACAUGCCUGACGCACCCCUUUGCGUAUACAGCAAUUAUCUGCACUAAUUGCAUAUCUUUUCUUGACGGGUCUAAGAGAAGCACUGCCAUUUGCGAUCCUUUCUUCGUAAUAUCGUGUUAAAAGUCUUUACCAAGAGAUGAAAUACAUGUAUGUUUUAUUAGUCGUAACAGCCACCACUUUAACGGUGACAUUCAAAGGGAUUGUUGAAGCUGAAUCUGGUGGACUCAAUGCUAAGGAAAAGUCACUGCUAAGCAUUCUAGCUGAAGCAAGGAAGUUACAUUGGGACAAAGGAGAAUGAAGAGAUGAAGAUUGGUGUGGAGAGGUUCACGGACCAGGUGCAGAGGUUCUCUGACAAAGACAAAGAAAAAGUCAAGGAGGUUUUUCGUGAGAAUCUGGGAGAUGCAGAGACUGAAACUCUUUUCCAGGACGCCAGCAAGUUGGCCAAGGAGGAGGAUGAAAAGCUGAAGGAGCUAAGGAACGAUGUAGGCUUCCAAGAUGAUGAGAAAAAGGCUUUCAAGGAGUUGGUUUCUGAUGUCGUUAAAGGUGCUAAUGCAGAAGCAGAAGGAGAUACUGAGUUGGCUUUGAUGGCACAUGCAGAAGAGAGGGUGGAGCAAUUAAAUGAGGAUGAUAAGAAACAAUUACGGGCCAUGAUAGCCAGCCGCUAUGGGGAAGAACAGGCAAGAAGGAUCUUUGAUACGGCUGAAACCAUUGAAAUGGAAGAGGAGGACAAGAAUCAAGCCAACCAGUAGCCGACCACAUGUGUAAUCUCCUCCGUGUAAUGCUGUCAACAGAAGCAGCAAGUUUAUAAAGUGAUGUUGAGGAUGCUUCCAAAAUAUCGCGUUAUUUGUACUGUGUAGUAUUGUCGCUACAUCUUGACUGAUAUAAGUUGAUUUACCAGUGUUACAGGCCUAGGAUGCCAACUAUUCAUUUUCCUAUUCAUUUUGAACGAUCAAUUAACCAUUCCACUCUGCAACACACCCAGUAAGUAAUGUCAACACCAAGCAAAAGAAUAUGAUGAUACACAUGUAACCCAAAUUAAUACUCAACAGUCAAUACGUAGUACCUAGUGUGUAUUUAACAUACAUCAUAAUUCACUGAAUAAAGUCGGUGCUGUAAUACACCGUAUGACUAUGA